AUGGCGGAGGACCAGAACCAGGAACAGGACAGGAACCGAAAGGCCAGGGGACCACCUGCGAUCGCGGAAUCGAGCCUAGACGCUCAACUCCGAAUCAACGGUGGAUGGCAGGCUGAGACAGGUGAUGGGACAAACGUCGUGGAGAUAAGAUGGGAACUAACCUUAUUGCAUCGCGGCAUGGCGCAUUGUGGUAUUUACAUGUUGCCGGGGAUGCAAUUGACAGCCCCAGGAACCGAAAUUCUUGUGAGACAAAGCGUAAGCUACUACGGAGUAAAAAAGUCAAAGUUGCCGACGAUAGUAACUUAUAUUACUAUUGUUGGGGGCUUGAAAGAUAGAGGUGUUGAUGAUCCGUGA